AUGACCGAGCCGCCGAGCAGCCCAGCAGCCGAGCCGCCCUGCCGCCGAGCCGCCCAGCAGGCGAGCCGCCCUGCCGCCGAGCCGCCCUGCAGCCGAGCCGCCCAGCAGCCUAGCCGCCCUGCCGCCGAGCCGCCGAGCAGCCGAGCCGCCCAGCAGCCGAGCCGCCCUGCCGCCGAGCCGCCGAGCCGCCCUACUGUCGAGGCGCUGCUGUUCCUACCGGUGCUCCCCGGCCCUCCUUCCUCGGACUGCACUGUUCGCUCACAGUGGGCCACACGCGAUGCUGCUGCUCGCCUUGCUGUGCGUCGCCACUUACCGACCACUGAGCGUGCACACUUUAGCCAGUACAAGAGUGCUCAGACCUUGUACGACGCUGUAGUUGCACGCUACUCUUCCCCUGCCACUGCUGCACUAAGCCGCCUCAUGCUAUCCUACAUCUUCCCUGACCUUGCUGCCUUUCCCACAGUCGCUGACCUCAUUACGCACCUCCGCACUAGUGACACUCGCUACCGCGCUGCGCUUCCUGCUGAGUUCUGCGCCAAGAACCACCCCCCCAUGUACAUCACCCUCUACUACAUAGUGACCCGGCUCUCUGAAUCUCUUCGAGUAGUCAGGGACCACUUUCUCUCAGUUUGCCCCACCACUCUCACCGUUGACCUCCUCGAGAAGGGCCUCCUAGCAGCAGAGAAGAGCAUAGUCACUGUAGGAGCCUCUCGUGGUGACCCUCGCACCCCCGUCUUUGAGGGGUGUUCCCCCUCCCCCCUCUUGCCCUCUGUUGCUUCUGCUGCUGCGGCCGACCUCGUUGGUUUCGAGUCGGUCGGCGCUGCGUCUGCCCCUAGCGGGAGAUGCCGCACCGGCAAGGGCAAGGGGGGCAAGGGCGCUGGAGGGGCUGGCGGGGGCGGUGGAGGUGGUGGUGGAGGCAGUGGAGGGGGUGGGGGUGGUGGUGGGAGUGGUGGCGGGGGUGGCGGCGGCAGCGGCAGCAGUGGAGGCGGAGGAGGCGUCGGUGGUGGCGGAGGGAGCGGAGGUGGCGGAGGAGGCGGAGGUGGAGGAGGCGGCGGAGGCGGCGGCGGCAACAGUGGACCUCGUCGCGGCUCUGCGCAGAGGAGUGGCUCCGGUGGUGGUACGCGCCAACAGCAGCGGAGCAGUCGUGAGACCCUGUCCCCUCAGCAGCUUCGUGAGUGGUACGCUGCGCGUAAGCGCGGUGGGGGUACGGGUCCCUGCACCUACGUUCCCCGCACCGGCGACCACGCAGGUGAGCAGUGCGGGGGCUUGCACUCCACCCAGCACUGCUUCGGCCGCCUGACGGACGAGUGGCGUCACCAGUUCCCUGGGGCCUCUGAGAACCCUCGCUGGGGAGAGCUGUCUAGGGCGGGGGUUGCUAUCUUUGAUCUUGAUUUUGAUGCUAUUCUUGCUGCCAUGUAUGCUGUUGAUGAUAGUGUUGCGGGUGACUAUUACCUGUGUGUACCGCUUGACCCGAGCAUUGAGGCUGCUGCUCUAGGUGCUUGUGCGUCUGCUGCCCCAGGUACCAGUGCGUCUGCUGCCCCAGGUGCUAGUGAGUCUGCGCUCUCAGGUACUACAUCGACUCAGGCCUUACACACCUUCACCCUUGACUCGGGUGCGUCCCGCUCCUUCUUUCGAGACCGCACCACUCUUACGCCGCUCAGUCGGCCGGUUGCAGUCUCCCUGGCGGACCCCUCUGGGGGUCCUGUCCUUGCUAGCUUCUCCCCUGUCUUACCGUGCCCGGCCGCCCCCUCUGACACCCUAUCAGGUCUCUACCUCCCCUCGUUCUCUACGAACUUGGUGAGUGGAGCGGACCUACAGGAUAGGGGGGUUGACCAGUUCACUCCUGCGAGUCAGCGAGUGACCCACUGCACGUGUGCUCGGACAGGCCGACACUUGGCCACGUUCACCCGUCGGCCAGGGUCGAGCCUGUACACCCUUACUACUGAGUCUCCUCCUGCUGCUGAGUCUGGCCAGGUAGCUGCGUCGAGUCAGGUGUUUGCUGCAGCGUCCAGGUAG